AUGGCCGGGUCUCACAGACGCCACUUCCGAGUAUAUGGUCGGGAAUCAUCGACAUUGCUUCUUAGGAAUGGCCGGGACCCACCGAUGUCACUUCCGAGUAUAUGGCCAGGACCCAUUCCUAGUAAUGGCCGGGAUCCACCGAUGUCACUUCCGAGUAUAUGGCCAGGACCCAUUCCUAGUAAUGGCCGGGACCCACCGAUGUCACUUCCAAGUAUAUGGCCAGGACCCAUUCCUAGUAAUGGCCGGGACCCACCGAUGUCACUUCCGAGUAUAUGGCCAGGACCCAUUCCUAGUAAUGGCUGGGGCCCACCGAUGUCACUUCCGAGUAUAUGGCCAGGACCCAUUCCUAGUAAUGGCCGGGACCCACCGAUGUCACUUCCGAGUAUAUGGCCAGGACCCAUUCCUAGUAAUGGCCGGGACCCACCGAUGUCACUUCCGAGUAUAUGGCCAGGACCCAUUCCUAGUAAUGGCCGGGAUCCACCGAUGUCACUUCCGAGUAUAUGGCCAGGACCCAUUCCUAGUAAUGGCCGGGACCCACCGAUGUUACUUCCGAGUAUAUGGCCAGGACCCAUUCCUAGUAAUGGCUGGGGCCCAUCGACGUCAUUUACGACUAAUGUCCGUACUUACCUCUGA